AAUUCAUAAGAUUUUAUUAAAUAAUUAGUAUUUUAAUAAUGUAUUUAAUCAAUUAAUUAUGAAUUCAUCAUUAUAAGUUACGAACUGUAAGAAUCUCAUCAUCAUUUAAGCUUCUAUCGAAAAUAGAAAAAGUAAGAUGAAUCCGUCAACAUUAAACGCAAAUGCCCACGACCGAACGAUCAUCCAUGUAGAUAUGGACUGUUUUUAUGCCCAAGUUGAAAUGAACAAAAACCCAUCCUUGUUUGAUAAACCUCUGGGAAUUCAACAAAAAAACAUUGUCGUCACUUGUAAUUAUAUCGCUCGUGAAUAUGGCGUAAAAAAAUGCAUGUUAAUUACAGACGCUCAAAAAACGUGUCCUAAUUUAGUUUUAGUUAAUGGCGAAGAUCUUCAUGAUUAUCGUCAAAUCUCUUAUAAGGUAACAACUUUUUUACAACAAUUUACACCUCUAGUCGAAAGAUUAGGUAUGGAUGAGAAUUAUUUAGAUGUAACCAAUUUGGUAAAAACUAGGUUAGGUUCAGAUUGUGUUAAUAAAGUUUGUAGUUUUAAUGCUUUAAAGCCCGUGGGCCACAUUUUUGGUGAUUUAAAGUUUGAUGAGGAUGAUGAUUGUGAUUGUGGUUGUUUUGAACGAUUAACUAUGGGAACGAUUAUUGCUAAAGAAAUUCGUGAUGCCUUAAAAGCAAAUUUUCAAUUAACUUCUUGCGCAGGAAUAGCUCAUAAUAAGUUAUUAGCAAAAAUUGUAGGCGGUAUUCAUAAACCUAAUCAACAAACGGUUUUGUAUCCCAAUAAUGCGUUGGAAUUAAUGAAUUCCUUAGCAUCGUUUGCAAUGAUCCCAGGAAUUGGUAAAGUAAUGGAAGAAAUUUUAACUAAGGAAUGUUUAAAACUGGACGAUUUGCAAUGUAUUGAAAAUUUGGGGCGAUUAAAAACUUUAUUUGGCGCCGAAAAGGGACGUUUGAUUCAUAAUCUAAGUUUAGGUAUUGAUAACUCUUUAGUAAAACCGUCAGGAAAACCUCAAAGUAUUGGUUUGGAAGAUAGUUUUAAAAAAAUUACAGCAGUAGGAGAAGUUAAAGAGAAAUUUUUAUAUUUAUUAACCAGAUUAAUGAUUUUGGUAAGCGAGGAUGGUCGAAUACCACGAACGAUAAAAAUUACAAUACGAUUAUUCGAUGUUUUAAAAAAAACCAGUCAUAAAGAAACGAAACAGACUAAUUUAAAUACUUCGUUAUUUACAAUAGAAAAUACUAAGAUCCGUUUAAAUCCUCAAUCGAACGAAAAAAUCAUCUCAAUAAUAAUGAAUUUGGCGAAUAAAAUCAUUUCAAAUCAUAUCAAUAAACCGUACAACAUAACCUUAUUGGGUUUAUCUUUCACUAAGUUCAUCGAAAGAGCAAAAAAGUCUUCAUCAAUUAGCUCAUUUUUAAGAAAAAAUGUCGAAGUUCAAUCCAUAACUAAUAUAGAACACAAAACCGAUUUAACUCCGAUGGAGUGCAGUUCAAUAUCUAUGCCAGAAGUAACCACAAUGACUACGGACGGAUCGGAAUCCGAUUACGAACCGUCGCCAAAGAAAAAAAUUAAAAGACGAUCAUUUCCGGCGAUAAUUUCAAAAAAACGAUCAUCAUGUUUCGAUCAAGAUCUUCCAUCGCCGUCGAAAUUGAAAGUCGCUGAUUUACAUUUGAGUAAUAAUGAUGGUAGUGCUGACGAUUUUGAGAAUGCAACAUCUUCUAGUUCAAGUUUAAAGCCGAUUCAAUGUCCACUAAACGCAAGCGAAGAAGUUUUCAGGGUCCUGCCUAGAGAUAUUCAAGAAGAAUUGUGGGCAGAAUAUACUGCUUCUUCAGCUGUCGCUUCUGUGAGAAGUAGUAGUUGUAAGGAAGAACGUGAAAACGGAACAAAACCGAAAAUAAAUACAUUGUUAAAUUAUUUUGUAAAGAAUUGUUGAACGGCGAGGUAUGAAUAUUUAUUCAAUAAAGACAUGGAAGUUAGGGAAAAAAAGUGUUACACAAAGUUAUUUUUGUAUCGAGAGAAAAUGUUAAGCUAAAUACGACUUUUAAUUUUUUAAUUUAUAAUUUGGUUAGCGGUUUUAUAAUACAAAAAAUACAUUUUUUAAA